AUGUCGGUGCCGCUGCUGAAGAUCGGCGUGGUGCUGAGCACGAUGGCCAUGAUCACCAACUGGAUGUCGCAGACGCUGCCCUCGCUCGUGGGGCUCAACACCACCAAGCUGAGCGCCGCCUCGGGGGGCACCUUGGACCGCAGCACCGGCGUGUUGCCUACCAACCCUGAGGAAAGCUGGCAGGUGUACAGUUCUGCUCAGGACAGUGAAGGACGAUGCAUAUGCACAGUGGUGGCGCCUCAGCAGACGAUGUGCUCGCGGGAUGCCAGGACAAAGCAGCUACGGCAGCUGUUGGAAAAGCAAGUGCAGAACAUGUCCCAGUCAAUAGAAGUCUUGGACAGGCGAACUCAACGGGAUCUUCAGUACGUUGAGAAGAUGGAAAAUCAAAUGAGAGGCCUGGAAUCCAAGUUCAAGCAAGUGGAAGAGAGUCACAAGCAACACCUGGCCAGACAGUUUAAGGCGAUAAAAGCGAAAAUGGAAGAGCUUAGGCCCUUGAUCCCAGUCUUGGAGGAGUACAAAGCCGAUGCCAAAUUGGUUUUGCAGUUUAAGGAGGAGGUGCAGAACCUGACGUCGGUUCUAAACGAACUCCAAGAGGAAAUUGGCGCCUUUGACUACGAAGAGCUUCAGAGCAGAGUGUCAAAUCUUGAAGAGAGGCUGCGGGCAUGCAUGCAGAAAUUAGCAUGUGGGAAGUUGACUGCAAUAAGCGACCCCAUCACCGUAAAGACCUCUGGCUCACGCUUCGGCUCCUGGAUGACGGACCCCUUGGCUCCCGAGGGUGAAAGCAAGGUCUGGUACAUGGACAGCUAUCACAACAACCGAUUUGUCCGCGAAUACAAAUCCAUGUCUGACUUUAUGAACACGGAUAACUUCACCUCUCACCGCCUUCCACACCCCUGGUCUGGCACUGGCCAAGUGGUCUACAACGGCUCGAUUUAUUUCAACAAAUACCAAAGCCACAUCAUCAUCAGAUUUGACUUGAAAACGGAGACCAUCCUGAAAACCCGCAGUCUGGAUUACGCAGGCUACAAUAACGUCUACCAUUACGCCUGGGGUGGCCAUUCGGACAUUGACCUCAUGGUGGAUGAGAACGGGCUGUGGGCCGUCUACGCCACCAACCAAAACGCAGGGAACAUUGUCAUCAGCAAGCUGGACCCCAACACCUUGCAGAGCCUCCAGACCUGGAACACCAGCUACCCCAAGCGCAGUGCUGGCGAGGGCUUCAUCAUCUGCGGCACUUUGUAUGUCACCAACGGCUACUCGGGAGGGACCAAGGUGACCUACGCUUACCAGACCAACAGCUCCACUUACGAGUACAUAGACAUCCCAUUCCUAAACAAGUACUCGCACAUUUCUAUGCUGGACUACAACCCCAAGGACAGAGCUCUCUACGCCUGGAACAACGGCCACCAGAUCCUGUACAACGUCACCCUUUUCCACGUCAUCCGGUCUGACGAGUUGUAGUCCUUUUUGUGGCGCAGAGAUGGGACUGAAGGCUUCACACACACACACACACAGCCACCAGAGAGCCGAAGGUGUCAGGGACACGUAUUUUAAAAUAUCGAAAGGGAAGUUUCGAAUGGAGCAGCUGCCAAACUCUACACAGAGAGGAUUGUACCUGAGUGAAAACGGCAAGACCAGAACUUACCUCUCAAACGUCAAACUACUAUUAUCGACAACAUGGGGAAAAAAUGCUACUCAUUUGCAGCUGGAACUGCACUUGAAAAAUACUUUCCAGCCACUUUUUCAGGGUGGGGCCAGGGUGGAUGUCCCCCCCCCAUUUAUGUUCCAAUAGCAGAGCUGUAGUUACAAAGUACAAUGAAAGGCGAUGACUGUUGGACAUUCAUUAGGGGUUACCUGGUUUUCUUGUUCCCCUUCUCUUUCUUUCGCCUUUGUUUUCUUGGUGUGUUGCAUGGACUCUUCCCUACAUCACAGAGAGCGUCAGUGAAUGUCUGGGUUGUUUGACAGCAUACAGUUGAUUCAUGCUAGCAGAGUUUGAUUUUUUUUUUUAAAUGAAAAGAGGGUUAUGUGUAAAGAUCGUUUAACCAUUGCAGCUAGCAACUCAUCUCUCUCUCUCUCUUUUUCUGUGCUUUAUGUCCCCUUUAGACAAACUGUUCUGAGACCCAAAGUAGCUAAUGGAACUGUGUCUUUAGUAGCUAUAAAAUACAAAAAGAAAAAAAGUUAUGUACCAUGGACAAGAUGUUGUACCCAAAUAUUUGUUUGAACAUGUAUCCAACCAAUAACUUGUACCCUAAAUGUCUGUUAUUAACCAGAGGUGGAAAACUUUAUAUGUCCAAGUUUAUGCAAUGAAUGUUGUAAAUGCAAACAAAGUCAUUUGAAUUAAUAAAUGAAAGUUUCAUAUCUUAAAAAAAAGUACUGUGUUUAUGUCAUAGGUAAGCAACUAAUGUCUAGAAGGACGUUCAGAAGCAAGAAAAAUUUCACAAAUAGAUCAGCUUUUACUUUCUUCCGAAUUCUAUGAGUAUUUGAACUUUCUCUGUAUAUAACGUGUAAACAAUAUGGACACAAUCUGUAUGUUUUGUUUUGUUUUUUGUACAGUGGCCUUUCUUUGAUCCCUUUGCAUUGCAGAUGACUGAAUAUACUGCGUCUUUUCUAUACUGCCUCUUUUAAAUUGCAGUGCCCUUUGAAAUGUUGCAAAAUA